AUGGAUAAUGUGUCUAAUGUAAAAAGUUUUGUUCUAUUAGGAUUUAAUGACACGAUGAAUUUCACAGUACCCCUCUUCAUAAUAACUUUACUGCAUUAUUGUGUGAUUCUGUUUUUCAAUAUCUCUCUUGUGCUGCUCAUUGUCUUGGAUGAAAACCUCCAUGAACCUAUGUACAUUUUUCUUAGUAGCUUUUGCAUUAGUGCAAUUUAUGGGACCACAGGUUUCUACCCAAAAUUCCUUUCAGACUUACUGUCAUCUUUUCAUCACAUCUCCUAUGAAGGAUGCCUUUUGCAAGCUUUUAUCAUGUACUUAUUUCCUUGCUGUGAUUUGUCCAUUUUAGCUGUUAUGGCCUUUGACAGGUAUCUGGCUAUAUGUCGCCCUCUGCACUACCACUCUUUCAUGACUAAGAAGAGGCUCUCACAGCUGGUGUGUUUCUCCUGGCUGACUCCUUUAUGCAUUUUAUCCAUCAAUAUCCUGCUAACAUCAAGACUGACCUUAUGCAGAUCAAAAAUUGAGAAGGUCUUCUGUGUGAACUGGGUAAUUGUUAAACUUGCUUGCUCUGACACAGACACCCUUUUAAAUAGUGUUGUUUCAUAUGUAACAAUUAUCAUUUAUCUGUCUCAUGGGUUUUUCAUAAUGUGGACGUACAUGCAUCUUAUUAAAACAUCUGUAAGGUCCAAAGAAGACAGGGCGAAGUUUAUGCAGACCUGUGUGCCCCAUCUGACUUCUUUAAUCACAUUUUUGAUUGUAAUACUUUUUGAUUUGAUGUAUAUGCGAUUUGGCUCUGCAGAUUUACCCCAAAGCCUCCAAAACUUCAUCGCUAUUGAAUUUCUCGUCAUCCCUCCAGUUAUGAAUCCCCUCAUUUAUGGAUUUAAACUUACCAAAAUACGAAAUAAAAUUCUGAGUUUUGUUUACCGUAAACAAAAAUAA